CACCAGUCAUACGGGAAAGGUUUCACUUGUGUGAGUUACUCAUUUUCUACCUGAGAAGCUUGUUAACAUCUCUGGUGGGAUCAUGGCCCGUAAGUCCGUGUGCUGUGGCCUCAGCACCCUGGAGAUGCUCCUCAUCGUGCUGUUUGUACUUAUGACUGGAGUGUCCGUGGGCCUCAUCUCUGUCAUGGCUACCAAGUGGAACGCGGACAGCUCUCCAGAGGAACCGAGCCCCACCGCGAGGCCACCUGAGACCCUGUUCCUGGUUGGGGUUGGCAGAGCGGACUGCACAGGACCCGUCGGGGACGUACCCCUGAUGGGAUACGCCAACCUGGAUCAGACCGCGAGGGGCAUUCACACCCGCCUGUACAGCCGGGCCUUCAUCGUGGAUGACGGGAGCAAGCGGGUGGUGUUCGUGAGCGCAGACAUAGGCAUGGUCUCUCAGAGGCUGAGGCUGGAGGUGAUGAGGGAGCUCCAGGCCAACUACGGGAACCUUUAUGGACAAGACAAUGUGGUGCUGAGUGGCACUCACACUCACUCUGGCCUGGCUGGCUACUUCCAGUACACCCUCUUCAUGAUCACCAGCAAAGGCUACAUCAAGCCAUCCAUCCAGGCCAUUGUCAAAGGCAUCGUGCAGAGCAUAGAUACGGCUCAUAAGAACUUGAAGCCUGGGAGGAUCUUCCUGAAUAAAGGGGAACUUGAAGACAGCAACCUAAACAGAAGUCCACACUCUUACCUCAACAAUCCAGCUGAGGAGCGGAACAGAUAUAAAUCUAACACAGACAAGCAGGUGGUGAUUCUGAAGUUCACAAACCUGCAUGGGGAUGGCCUGGGAAUGAUCAGCUGGUUUGCUGUCCACCCUGUCAGUAUGAACUACACCAAUCGCAUGGUGAGCGGGGACAACCUGGGCUAUGCCUCCUACCUCUUUGAGCAAGAGAAGAAUAUUGGGUCUUUACCUGGAGAGGGGCCGUUUGUGGCUGCGUUUGCCUCCAGUAACCUAGGAGACGUCUCCCCAAACACCAGAGGGCCAUACUGUGUCAACACGGGGGAGGCGUGCGACUAUGUCAACAGCUCCUGCCCCAUCGGAGGGACAAAAAUGUGUGUUGCCAUGGGACCAGGAAAGGACAUGUUUGAAAGCACCAGGAUCAUCGGACAGAACAUUUACCAGAAGGCAAAGGAGCUGUACGGAGGGGCACAGCAGGAAGUGCGUGGGGUCCUUCACGCGGCCCAUCAGUGGGUGAACAUGACAGAUGUGACGGUCCAGCUCAACUCCACACACACAGUCAAGACCUGUAAGCCAGCACUUGGUCACAGCUUUGCAGCAGGAACGAUAGAUGGUGGGGGUGACCUCAAUUUCACACAGGGGGCAGUGGAGGGGGAUCCUUUCUGGGACGGUGUCCGGGACACCCUGCUGGGACCUCCCUCAAACGAGACCCAGGACUGCCACCAGCCCAAACCCAUCCUGUUCAGCACCGGCGAGAUGAAGAAGCCCCUCCCGUGGCACCCCGACAUCGUGGACGUGCAGAUGAUCACCAUCGGCUCCGUGGCCAUUGUUGCCAUCCCGGGAGAAGUGACCACCAUGUCAGGAAGAAGGAUAAGGGAGGCGGUAAAACAGGAACUGGAGACCCAGGCAGCCUUCGCCAAUACGGAGGUGGUGAUAGCAGGACUGUGUAACAUUUACACCCACUACAUCACUACCUAUGAGGAGUAUCAGGUCCAGCGCUACGAGGCAGCUUCCACCAUCUAUGGCCCCCACACGCUCUCUGCUUACAUGCAGCUCUUCAGAGGCCUGGCUAGAGCCAUCGCAGAGGGCACAGUGGGUAAGCUGCCAAAGGGUCCAGAACCCCCCUUCUUCAACGACAGCCAGCUCUCCUCCUUGCUGCCUGCGGUUCCAGUGGACAGGAAGCCAGAAAACACCUCCUUCGGCCAAGUGCUGGAGCAAGUCCUGCCCACAUACAAGCGGGGAGAAGUCGCCUCUGUUACGUUUGUCAGUGGGAAUCCCAGAAACUCGGGGGACAUGAGGGAGAAGACCUUCAUCACAGUAGAACAGUACCAUAACCAAACACAGCAAUGGGAUAUAGUCUACACAGAUGCAUCUUGGGAAACAAGGUUCCACUGGGUGAAGGGCAGCGGGGCCCAGAGCAACGCCACAGUGGAGUGGCACAUCCCCCCCUCCGCCCAGCUGGGCAGCUACAGAAUCCGCCACUUCGGACACUACAAAGAGCUGAAGGGCCUCAGGCCUGUCAUCACGGCCUACGAGGGGACCUCGGACGUGUUCAGAGUCUCCUAA